CCGCUGCGCUGCUGCAGGCUGUAAACGUUUUGUUGUUAAGGUCUACAGCGUUAAUACAAGUGGUGUUGGAAUAAAACAAUUGUUGACAGUUCUACCCUUUCAGGGCCCAGGUUGUCCACCUGCUUUGCCCGUUUUGAUCCCUUUCCCAAAAUGAAAGGGCAAAGGAGCGGCAUUGCGGGCAAUACUCACAGAGGGCAAAAAGGCUAAGACUAUUGGAGUAGUCCCCAAGCUGUCUCGCAGUUCGGAGAUGGUCGCCGCCGGCCUCUUCUUGCCUUACCUUCCUAAAAGUCGCCGGCUCUCCCAGGCCGGUUCAAUUGAAGUAUCCAAAUUUCCUUCCGACUGAGCACCUGCACCAGGAUUGAACUCCACUUUUCUCUUCUCUUCACUUUGUUUUGAUCAAUUGCGCCGAUGCUUGAAUAUUCACAGAAUUUCACCAGUUCAACGAACUUUUAUGACAUCCAGCAUUGCAUUUACUUGUAAUACGAUGUCAUCCCAAUCAGCCACCACCACUACCACGAGAGCCAGUAGCCAGCAACAGCCAACCCCUGCCCCACGCCCGACCAUCCUCUGCUUCCACGGCGCGGGCACCAACGGCCUCAUCUUCCGGUUGCAGGCGCGCGGGCUCGUGCGCUCCCUCGCUCCCCACUUCCACUUCGAGUUCCUGGACGCCCCCUUCGAAGCGGCAUGCCCGGGUCCCGGUGUCGGCCCCGUGUUUCAGGAUCUGGCGCCUUUCCGUCGGUGGCACUGCGACGGCAGCGCCGUUGACCAGUUCGAUCUCGCCGGCGCGGAGGUCGUCCGGGAGCGCCGCGUCGUGCGGCGGUUGGUGCGGGAUGCGCUGAGUCCUCCCCCGCCGCAGCGGGAGGAGCAGGAGAAGGGGCAGGAGGGGCAGAGGCUGGGGUAUACGCCGAAAAGCGAAAGCGGACCGGGAGUAGCAGUAGCAGCAGGAGGAGGAAGGGGGAGGGUCGUCGGCGUGCUGGGAUUUAGUCAGGGGACGCGGGUCGCAACGGGGGUGUGUCUAGAUGCCGAGCUGGGGGCCUCGGUGCAAUUUGCUGUUCUCAUCGCGGGGACGUGUCCGGCUUUGAUGCUUACGGAUUAUGUUGAUGCUGGUGGUGAUGACGGUGGUGAUGGGUGCCCCGCGGACUGCAGCGCAGACUCUCCCGUUUCCCCCUCCCCCUCCCCCCCUUCCGCCUCCUCUUCUACCUCCGAGUUGACCGAGGAGGUCGAGAGCCCCAAGGAUUGCAUCGCAAUCCCUUCCGUCCACGUGCAGGGCCUGCGGGACCCUUGGCUCGCCGACAGCAAGCGACUCUUGCGCACUUGCUAUAAGGCCGAGCGGGCGGUAGUAGUAGAGUUUGCCGGAGCGCAUCAGGUCCCCACGGCGCUCGGGGAUGUGAAGCGGGUCGCGGCGGCGGUCUUGGAGGUGUGGAAGUCGGCGCAGCGAAGCGAAAUGCAAUAGAAAAGAAACCUGUCAGUCAGUUAUAUUUUCUUCAUAGGGGAGUGGGGUCCCGGGAGGAGUAGCUGGUUUAAGGUGCUAUAAGCAAUCAUCAAAAAGCUCAAGUUUGUUAUUAUUGGCUGUCGAUGGCAGAUACAGUGCCUUGCAAAAAGUCUGCAGAAACAUGCCAGCGUCCGGAUGGGCAACCAAUACUAUUUUUGUGGUCAAUACUAUAGAUCUGAUCCUCGACAUUCAAUCUUUUAAAGUAUUGGAAUACGCUUAUCUAUAGUACUGCUAAAUUCUGAUAUUUAAAGAAAUGAAAAGUUAAAAUCUACAGAGCCUAUUGCAUUCCUAGCUAUAUCAUUCUAUAGCCCUCAGGUUGCUC